UGGGUCACGUGACGCGGGUUACUGAGGUCAUCUGAGGCGUUGUGACACCGGUGGAGCUCAAGGUCACAGCAGCCCGUGACUUGUCAUCUUUGGUUUCAUUCUCAACUCACAAUUCGGGAAUCCCGGGUUUGAAUCUCGGGCGGGUUGCGGAAAUGGAGAGAGUGUUAGGAAGGGAAUGUCUUUGCUCCAAUGGAUGGUGAGGAGAGUGCCUCGUGGAGGAUCUUUAGCCAUCCUUGGCCACAGAAAAAUCAACUCGCUCAUUUAUGUUACCCGCCACUCGUGUUGCACUACGAGUCCGAGGUGUAUGUUUCUGACCUGCGAGUGCCAGAGACGUCGUGUUAUCGCGCCAAACUCUCACCACUGUAACGUCAGCCGGGAGAGAUAUUUCAGUGGUAUUCCAAAAUCUCCUAAAAGUAUUUUGUUUGUGAAACAGCUGCAAAGGACUCAUGAUGGAGUGCAUAUAGAUAAGUCUGGUAGUAGAGUUUCAGACUCCAAUUUCCCACAACCCAAUAAUAUACAUGAAAAAGAUAAAAAAAUAGAUACGGCUGGUGUAGAUUUGUCCUUGGAUUAUGGACCAAAUCCAACCAUUCCUCAAAGACUAGUACAAAAUGCGCCAAAGACCUUACGCGCAUACCUCCAGCUGAUGCGGCUUGACCGCCCCAUUGGGUCUUGGCUCCUGUUUUGGCCGUGUGGCUGGAGUAUUGCUCUGGCAGCCCCACCGGGGUGUCUGCCAGACCUGGGCAUGUUAGCGCUGUUUGCGUUUGGUACCCUUGUGAUGCGGGGUGCUGGGUGCACUAUCAAUGAUAUGUGGGACAGAGACUAUGAUAGCAAGGUGGCUCGAACAGCGGGCCGACCUUUAGCCAGUGGUACGCUCUCGAUGUUUGAUGCUCUCGUGUGCCUGGGUACGCAGCUGAGCCUGGGCUGCCUUGUCCUCCUGCAGCUUAAUAUGUACGCGGUGCUGCUCGGGGCCAGCUCACUUGGCUUGGUUGUACUAUAUCCCCUGAUGAAACGUGUAACGUACUGGCCGCAGCUCAUGUUGGGCUUCACGUUCAACUGGGGAGCGCUCCUGGGCUGGGCUGCGGUGCUUGGUUCGUGUGACUGGAGCAUCUGUCUUCCUCUCUACACAGCGGGCAUAGCCUGGACUCUCAUAUAUGACACAAUUUAUGCACACCAGGACAAAUAUGACGAUGUGAUAAUUGGCAUCAAGUCGACAGCAUUGAAGUUUGGCGACACAACCUGGAAAUGGCUCAGUGGCUUCGGUGUGAUGAUGACCUCCAGUUUACUGCUCGUCGGCUAUAAUUCCGAACUGGCAUGGCCGUACUACCUGGCUGUGACGGCCACUGUGGCACACAUAGCAAACCAGGUGUGGACGCUGGAUGUCAACAACCCGGGCGACUGUGGUCAGAAGUUCCGAGCAAACCGCCACAUCGGUCUCCUGCUGUUCGCUGGCAUUGUUGGAGGCACUUUGCUCAAGACUGCACACACAAAUAUUAAAAGCGCGGAGGGGAAUCCAAACAAAGUUAAUAGCUUGCAAAACAAUUGACAUUUUAGCACUUUUUAUGUAAAACUUGUUGAGUGUAGUGAAUUGUUUUUGUCAAGAAAAUAGUUCAGUACUGAAAUAUAUUUGUAUUGUUGUUGUUUAAUGGCACACACUUUAAUAUGGUCAUUUCUAGUCAUGAUGGUGUGUGCCUUGUUAACAAACAAUUUCAGAUGUGUGGGAAAUUUUAUGUAAAUAAACUUGGUCUAUAUUGA